AUGGCUUUCUCUAACUUAACUUCCACCUUCUUCACCUCUAUCCUCCUCCUCCUCUUCCUCUUGUGUACCCUUCCUCCUCACUCUUCUGAGCCAGCUCCCUUGCCAAAGUUGGAUGUGGACCUCCUAGAAUUCCCUCUAAAUCUAGAGUACUUGGAGGCUGAGUUUUUCUUAUGGGGAUCUUUCGGAUAUGGCUUGGAUAAAGUUGCCCCAAAUUUAACCAAGGGAGGGCCCCCUCCAAUUGGAGCCACAAAGGCUAACCUUGAUCCCCUAACUAGGGAUAUUAUCACUCAGUUUGCUUAUCAAGAAGUUGGUCAUCUGAGGGCGAUUCAAAAGAGUGUUCCUGGAUUUCCAAGGCCUUUAUUGGACUUGAGCUCAGAAAAUUUUGCAAAGGUGAUGAACUCUGCAUUUGGUCACAAACUUGAGCCGCCCUUUGAUCCAUAUGCCAACACCCUCAAUUAUCUUUUGGCUUCAUAUGUGGUCCCUUAUGUUGGUCUCACUGGUUAUGUGGGUGCUAAUCCACACCUCACAGCCCCUGACUCUAGACGGUUGGUAGCUGGAUUGUUGGGGGUGGAAUCCGGACAGGAUGCGAUUAUCCGAACAAUACUAUAUGAGCAAGCAAACAAGAAGGUAGACCCAUACCCGCACACAAUAUCAGAAUUCACAAACAACAUCUCUCAAUUGAGGAAUAGAUUGGGAGGCAUUGGCAUCAAAGAUGAAGGGAUCACUGUUCCUCCUACAUUGGGUUCAGAGAGGAAGAUCUCAGGGAAUUUGCUAGCUAGUGACCAAUUUUCUCUGUCAUUUGACCGUACACCACAAGAAAUUCUUAGGAUUGUGUAUAGUAGUGGGAAUGAGAAAUCCCCAGGUGGGUUUUUCCCUAAAGGAGCUGAUGGUAAGAUUGCAAGAAGUUAUUUGCAUAGUACUUGAGAAUCCCUCAUCCCCAAAAGUAUAGAAAGGGGAUUCCUGUUCUCGGUUGAAUCCAUGGAAAUCCGGUUAUCAAACAAACAUGGAAUUUGAGAUAUCCUCAUUGUCAAACGUACACUUAAUGAGUCUUUUUGUUGUUCAAGUUGGUUUAUUUGUCUUCUUACGAGAAAUAAAAUGUGAGAGUCUUCAUUAUCAAAGUAAUUAGGAUUAGC